AUGGUUCCCGGUAGUUCGGCUACUUCCCAGCUGGAUAAAAUCCCGCAAAGUCCAUUUUUCAGUGCACUUCAGGAUUACACAAAAGAGGAUAAAAGUGAAUCGGAAAAUGAAUCCAGCUGUGGAAGUAAAAGCGGUUCAUCCUCCGAUUCCGAGAGCGAAUCCGGAUCUGGCUCGUCAAGUUCAAGCUCGAGCGAUAACGAAACGUCCAACAAUGGGCUGAACGUAUCGAAUCGUGACACGAGCGGUACAGCAUCGACGGCCACCAACAAUACAUCCACCGGCAGUAGUAGUAGUGGGGUGCGGAACUCGACGACCGAAAAUGGCCUUUCCGAAAGCAAAUCGAGUAUUAAUCGUCACGUAGAGGACGAAGAAGAUGAUGAGGACGCAUCGAAGGAUGAAUCCGAUGCUUCGAUAGGGAACGAUCGAGACGUUGUUGGCGCUGGCGCCAACCACCAUCGGUCACAAAACAAUCGUGUCCGGAGUUCGUCCCACUCGGAUAGAGAUUCGGACGAUAGUGCAGGGGAUGGCGAACCCGAACGGGGAAACAAUGCCACCCACAACCGGAACAGUGAUUCCGAUAACAGUGCGAGUAAACCGAGCAACAAUACCAUCCGCCAAAGUGACGACGACGAAGAGGAUGAGGAGGAUGAGGAAGAUGAUGAUGAUGAAGAGGAAGAGGAGGACGAGGAGGACGAUGACAAUGAUGAGGAUGGCGAGACGGCUAGGAAGCAACGGUUAGGUAAUGUGGCGCCCACAGUUCCACCGCCACCUCCACCCGCAGACGACGAUGAAGAUGACGAUGAGGAGGAUGAUGACGAAGAGGAAGCGCAACAGUCCUCCAAAAGCAGUUACGAUGAUGAAGACUACGCGGCGAACAAAUUGAGGCGGAAAAGUGCCCGAAAGAAAGCAGUUGCCGCAGCACGGAAACGACCAGCAGCCCAACCUUCGUCGAAAGCCAAGAAGAAGAAAAGCUCCAAUAGCCGAUGGAAGUCGGACACGUCGGAGAGUGAUGCCAGUGAUUCAGAUGAUUCGCGAGAGCAACGCUACAGGCGAAAACCACCGGCCGUUACUGCCGCCGCGAAGAAACGUUCCGCUGCAGCAACAAACGCCAAAUCGAAGGCUGCCUCCAAAAAGAAAAAGUCGAACGCGUACAGCUCCGACGAGGGUAGCAAUAGCGAUGACGAAAGAAAACGUUCGUCAGCUACGAGAAGGAAAAACAACACUGUAAGCUACAAGGAAGAGAGCGGCGAUGAGCCAACGGAUAGUGACGAUUUACUGGAAGUGGACCAGGAAGCGGAAGAAGCAGCGGCAGCACUGGCAGCCGAAGAGGAAAAGGCAGAAACGAUCGAAAGAAUCAUCGGACGUCGGAAGGGUCGUCGUGGAGCAACAGGUGCCGUAACGACCGUCUAUGCGAUCGAGGAGAAUGGUGAUCCGAACGAAGUCGGUGGUGAAGGAGUGGGUCGUGAGCUGGAGGAACAGUUUUUGAUCAAAUGGACCGGUUGGUCAAAGUGA